UUACUGCGUGGCUGUACCACCAUUGUCUACGAAGGCAAGCCCAUUAUGACACCUGACGCAGGCGCUUUUUGGCGCAUCUGUGAAGAAUACAGCGUGAAAACCCUGUUCACCGCCCCAACGGCCUUCCGUGCCAUAAAAAAAGACGACCCAGAAGGAGAGUUCUUUAAACAGUACGACCUGAGCAAACUCACCACCAUCUUCUCCGCAGGCGAACGUUUAGACCCACCUUCACAAGAAUGGCUAAUGGAAAAAAGCGGCAAGCCCGUUAUCGAUCAUUGGUGGCAAACAGAAACAGGCUGGGGCAUCACUGCCAAUUUACGCGGCAUUGAAUCUAUGCCCGUCAAACUCGGUUCUUCCACCGUGCCCACACCCGGCUUCAACGUACACAUCGUGGACGAUGCCAGCCAAACACUUGCAGCCAAUGAACAAGGAUAUAUCACCAUUAAAUUACCCCUUCCUCCAGGAU